UAGUCUUCUACUACACACUCUCACAUUCUCUCUCUACACUGCAUUGCGGCUAGGGUUUCACCAAUCAAAAAAUAAAUAAAAAAUAAAUUGGGGGUAUUUGUGGGUAAAUCAAUCUAAACCCAAAUAUGACAAUUAAAAUUUGUAAUUUGUAAUAAAGAUUGAAACUUUAACAUAAGUACUGUUGUUAAAGAAUCAAGAAAAAGUAAAGAUUGUAAAAAUGGCAACUGCGAAUCCUUUUGAUUUGUUGGGUGAUGAUGAUAACGAUGACCCAUCACAGCUUCUUCAAAAGAUUAUUGCAGCUCCGGCCAAGAAAGCUCCUCCGGCGGCUGCUCAGCUGGCGGCUAAGCCCGCUAAGCUUCCAUCUAAGCCUUUACCACCUGCUCAAGCUGUGAGAGAGUCCAGAAAUGAGGGUGGCCGUGGAGGACGAGGUGGUCGUGGGUACGGGAGAGGUGGCCGCGGAGGAGGUGGAUUUAAUAGAGAUGCAGCCAACAGGGAGAAUUCAUUUGGUAGCCGUGGGUUUUCUGGUGGUCAAGGUGGCAUUGAAGAGUCUGAUGGUAAAUCUUCUGAGAAGCGUGGUGGUUAUGGUGGUCCUCGUGGUGGUUUGCGUGGUGAUCGCCAUGUUUCAUUUUCUAAUGGAGAUGGUGAGGAGGGAGAACGUCAACGUCGUCCAUAUGAACGUCGCAGUGGCACAGGGCGUGGAAGUGAAUUCAAACGCGAAGGAGCUGGUCGUGGGAACUGGGGAAAUCAGGCUGAUGAAAUCAACCAGGAGAUUCAGGAAGCGGCGGUUGAAGGGGAGAAAACUGUGACUUCUGAUAAACCUAAUGCCGAGGAAGAGGCAACCGAUAAAAAGGAGAACGCUGCAACUGAAGUUGCGGAGGAGCCUGAAGCUAAGGUGAAUAAUGAAAUGACUCUUGAAGAGUAUCUAAAAGUUUUGGAGGAGAAGAGGAAAGCUCUGGAAGCACUUAAGACUGAAGAAAGGAAAGUGGAUGUUGACAAAGAGCUGGCAUCCAUGCAGCAACUUUCAAACAAGAAAACUAAUGAUGAAAUUUUUGUCAAAUUGGGUUCGGACAAGGAUAAACGUAAAGAGAUUGCGGAGAGAGAAGAGAAAGUUAAGAAGUCACUCAGCAUCAAUGAGUUCUUGAAACCAGCUGAAGGUGAACGAGCUUACACCCAAGGUGGUCGUGGGCGCGGACGUGGUCCUAGGGGUGGUGGAAGUGGUGCUCGUUUUAACCAAGAUGGUUCUUCAAGUUAUGCACCUGAAGCUCCUAAAAUUGAAGAUCCUAGUCACUUUCCAACCCUAGGAUGUAAGUGAGACGUGCCUUUCAUCCCGUCAUCAUCAUUUCAACAAAAUAUCCGCUAACAUGACGGGAAUACACCAAGAAUAAUUAAAGUUUUCUUCAUGUGUUGGAAAAGGGUUCCUAAAAACUAAUCCCCCUCACGUCUUAAAAUGUAAAUUUGUUGUGAUUUUCAUAUGCUCCAGGUACUUUUUGUUUAGUCUUCCUUCUAUUAGUCUGCAUUGUCAGUUUUUUAAAACGUUCAUUAUGCUUAUAGAGAUAUUGGGGCAUAUGGAGACCAAUUAAUUUGUGGUUCAAGAUACAGUUUCUCAGUUUUGUUAUGAAACAGAUGACAAUUGUUAGCGCUUCAAA